AUGUCGUCUAACGGUGCUUCUGGCUCUUCCACCUUCCAGUCCUACGUGGACUCUGCUGUCGGUGCAGCUCAAAGCGCAGUGGCCUCUGUGACUGGCAACUCUGCCGAUCAGAAACAAGCCGACAACACCAAGGCUCAAGCUCAAAACGAGUACCAAGGCUCUCACACCACCGCCAAACUAGGUCCUUUGACCGCUGACCCAAACAGCGGAGCUGCCGUCACCGACAACGAAGAUCGUACCUCCGGAUCCUGGAAUCAGACCGUUGGCGCCGCCAAGGAGUCCAUCGGAAACUUUGUUGGCAACGAAAACCUUCGCCAGAGCGGUAUUCAGCAGAACGCCGACGGCAAGUCUCAGCAGGCCAAGGGUCAGCUCUCUGAUCUCGGUCAAGGCGUGACCGACCGCGCCAAGGGUGCUAUGGGUAACAUUGGUGCUGCUGUUACUGGUGAUCGUGAGGCUCAAUCCAAGUGGCAGGAUGUUCAUGAUGAGGGAAAGACACGUCAGCGCGGUGUUGAGGCUGAUCUUCAGAAGACUGAGCAGCGCUAA